GGAUGCCCCUCACCCCGGGGUCUCUUCCCUCCCUCCCUCCCUCCCUCCCCCCAGGUGUGCUGGCUCGCUCCAGAGCAGACAGCGGGGGAGCAGAAGCCCUACAUGUACACGCAAGGCCAGGCCGUGCUCAACAGAUCCGUCUUCCCCUGCUUCGACACCCCCUCAGUCAAAUGCACGUAUUCGGCCACGGUGAAGGUCCCCGAGGGCUUCACGGCUGUGAUGAGUGCCACGAGCUGGGAGAAGCAGAAGGAUAACACCUUUGUCUUCAAGAUGUCCCAGCCGAUCCCCUCCUAUCUGAUCGCGCUGGCUGUUGGGGACAUUGUGUCUGCUGAUGUUGGCCCAAGGAGCCGUGUCUGGGCUGAGCCCUGCCUGAUCGAGGCUGCGAAGAAGGAGUACGAUGGGGUGAUCGAGGAGUUCCUGGCGGUUGGAGAGAAGCUCUUUGGACCUUAUGUUUGGGGCAGGUACGACAUCCUCUUCAUGCCGCCCUCCUUCCCCUUCGGUGGGAUGGAGAAUCCCUGCCUCACCUUCCUGACGCCCUGCCUGCUGGCCGGGGACCGCUCGCUGGUCGACGUCAUCAUCCACGAGAUCUCCCACAGCUGGUUUGGCAACCUGGUCACCAACGCCACCUGGGGCGAGUUUUGGCUCAACGAGGGCUUCACCGUGUACGCCCAGAGGCGCAUUUCCACCGAGGUUUAUGGUCCAGCCUACACCUGCCUGGGGGCGGCCACAGGACGGAGCCCAGCUGCUGGGGUGUUUGAUGGCUCGCAAUACAACUGGCACUGCUGGUGGGACCCGAGCAUCAAUCCGGAUGACACGUACAACGAAACGCCCUACGAGAAGGGGUACUGCUUUGUGAGCUACUUGGCCCAUCUGGUGGGGAACCAGAGCAAGUUCGAUGCCUUCCUCCAGGCCUACGUGAACCGGUUCAAGUUCCAGAGCAUCACAGCGGAUGACACCCUUGGUUUCUUCCUGGAGUACUUCCCAGAGCUGAAGGAGAAAGGCGUGGACUCCAUCCCAGGCUUUGAAUUUGACCGCUGGCUGAACACGCCGGGCUGGCCCCCCUACCUGCCCGACCUCUCGCCGGGGGAGCAGCUGAUGAAACGCCCCCCCUGCCAGCAGGCCGAGUACAGCAAAGUCAAGGACUUCCUCCACAGCCAGGGGAAGCAGAAGUACACCCUGCCCCUCUACCGUGCCAUGUGGGCUGGGUCGGAGGUGGCCCGGGCCCUGGCCAUGGAGACCUUUUCAGCUACGGCCCCGCAGCUCCACGUCAACGUCCAGAACUACGUCAAGAAGAUCCUGGGCUUGGAGGAGGCAGAGGACUAA